UCGGCACAGCACACCGACUGGCCACGAGAGCAACAGCGACGGGCGUCGAACGGGCGGAAGUGUCGCGUUACAACGCUUUCCGUCGCGCGCUGGCUUGCGCACCACGCCAUGGGGCGAGGAGGCGGCCGAUGGGCUCAAGGGUACCCGCCCCCCUCGGCGCAGCUUCUUGACAGCGGUCCUCGCUGUUCUGUCUCCCUUUCCAAGGAACGAAGCCCACAGGGCGCUGGCGAACGGGACUAUAGUCUGCGUGCACGAGUGGCUGGUCGGGUCCUGACCCCGGAGUAGCGCUCGCCUGCUGCUUGCCUCGACUGGUCCUCCGGAGAGAGGAAGGGAGCGUGCCCUGCGAGCCGGGGUCUGUCGGAGAAACCCCGGAUUUCUUUUUUCGGAGAUUGCUGUCUCCCUGCCACUGUCAGCCGCGGGGCGCCCUUGGGUGAGAUCGCUUCGCCAGAAGCCCGAGAACAAGUAUGGCUCCGAAGUUAUGGAAACAAUGAGACUCGAAGAAAAGAUCCAUCGUCGGGGUAGUGGUCCGUAGAGAGUGCAUCAGGCAUCAAAGCUAGCAAUGUUCAGCAAAAAGACAGGAAUAUGCUGUGGCGCAUUUUCCCUGAUUGUGGCCGUUUUCUCGGUAUUCGUGCUGAUAGAGUUUGACGACUUCUACAGGGACCUACUAAACAAGCAAGUGACCAUAACACCGGGCUCCACCGCCUUCCACGUGUGGAAAGAUGUGGGCUCCUGCUUCGACAUGUCUGCCAACCUGUACUUCUUCAAUAUCACCAACGUGGAGGCGGUCAAGGCGGGCAGGGCCAACCCUCGCCUGCGGCAAAUGGGGCCUUACUCUUAUCGGAUCGAAUGGGUGAAGGACAACAUCACGUUCAACGACAACGGAACUGUGUCCUUCCUGGAGAAGAUGAUCUUUCAUUUCGACGAGGAUAAUUCCGCUGGCACGGAGGACGACCUUGUGACGACUGUCAAUGUGCCCUUCAUCGCGACACUGCACCUCCUGAGCGGCCAGGGUAUGUGGAUGCGUUCGAUGGGGCGCAUGGUGCUGUCCAGCCUGGGCCAGGAGCUCUACCUAACGCGUACCGUGCGCGAGCUCAGCUUCGAAGGCUACCCGGACGUGCUCAUGAAGCUCGCCGCAGUCGCGCGUAAAAGCAGUGACGGCACAGACGGCACAGCGGCUGGUGGUCACGGUAACAUCGAUAUCGCCAGCGUCUUGCGCAAGGGCUACCGAACCCUGGUGGAGUUUCUCAAGAACCAGCCCGAGGACGCGGCCGGACGCUUCGCUUACAUGGCAGGGCGCAACGACACGUUUCACGAACUUAUGACGAUGUAUACAGGAGAGGGGGACAUUUGUCGGAUAAACCACUUGGACUCCGUAGACGGAAAAAGGCAACUUGGUGUCUGGGGCGACGAGCUAUGCGACACAGUUCGGGGGUCCUUUGGCAACGUGCGUCCUCCACUUUCAACGUCCUCAUCAGAGACUGUGUUCAUUCCUGACUUGAAACGGACUUUUGAGCUUCACCUCGUGGACGAUUCCAAGGUCGGCGGCCUGGCCACGCGGCGGUUCGCCGUUACGUCGGGUGUCUUCAACAAGAGGUCGCCCGAGAACGCCUGCUACAAUGCAGCCCGGAAGCACUUGCCUUCGGGAGUCACUGACCUCGGUCCUUUGCAGGACGGAGUGCCGGUCGUCAUGUCGCUUCCUCACUUCCUCUACGGGAGCUCCUCCCUCUUCAAGGGCGUCGACGGCUUGUAUCCCGACGAGAAGCAGCACCUCUUCUACAUCGACAGUGAUCCGACCACGGGAGCGUCAAUUUCUGGCAGAGUUCGACUACAGCUGAACGUAUUAAUGAAGGACAUUCCAGGCUUCUGGUCUUCUUCUGAUCUGGGAUACACGGUCCUUCCUCUGUUUUGGCAAGAAGUGGUGGCUGAAGCACAGGAGCACACCCUGACCAGGAUACGAGUGGCGGUGCUGGCUCCGAUACUAGUUCGGUGCACGGCCAUAUUUCUUCUGGUGGCCUCCAUCAUCCUGCUGCUGGUUUCCUUUAUCUCCGUGCUCAGGUCCCGCCGAAGUCGCCGGCGCGUCGUCUCCGAGCCAUCCAAGGCUCCCAGGGACAAGGUGUCCAUCUACCUCAACGGCGGCAGCUUCCUCCCCAGUCGGGACAACAACAAUGGUCAUCUCAAGAACGGCGCUGUUCCAGCAGCGCUUGCUCAAGACACGCCCGAGGCCGACGCCCUGCUCUUGCACUCCACUGCUGUCUAGCGCCUGCGAUGUGCGCGGUGUAUUCGGCCACAAGCAUCGGCACCAUGCAGUACGCUCGAAUACGGUGGCUUGAGAAACAUCGGCAAUACUGGAGUGUGACGUUCCUUGUGUUCUGUGACUGAACGGUAUACGAACUUUUACGUCACAAACAUCGGGUGCCCCAGGCGGUGCGUCGUGCCUUUAUAAGAAAUUGGUGACGAGAAGGAGUAGCACAGCUCGAACGCUGUAUUGGUAAAUGCGACGGAUCAUAUACAGGGUCAUAACCGGUUAGUGCUGGGACCAUCAGCAGGGACAAUGUGCUGUUGUGUAGGCCUAGUAGCAAGAGGUAUAGCUGAGGGUCGCCGGUUCGACCCCUUGUCGGAGUGACUGUGUCCUUAACGCGCGCCUCCCUCGCACUCACGUGCCCUGCCUGCGCGCUUUGGUGCUCUGAAAAAUGUAUCGUCGGCGCUAACUACGCAGUGAAUACGGGCACGGACUUUUCACUCAUCGCGUGUGCGUACUUCAACGUGAUGGAUGCGUCGACAUCAGUGCUUGACGCGUAUGUGCGUGCCAUCUCGCGAAGGUUCCACUUACUGAUGUUGGAGUGUUACUAGUGGACGGCUACCGUUCAUCGUUCGUUGAUUUCCGACGGUCAAAAGAUGUAUGGCUACCAAAAACGUAACUGUCGGUAACAGUUCAAUACUGGAAACAUGCCUGGAGGGCGUUGAAUGAUGUACUGUUUCCCGCCUCAUAUGUACAUUAUAACAGUCUGCAACGAGUAAUGCGGCUUUAUUCUUAUCGUGCAGCUGCACAUAGGGUUUGUCUAUGCGAUUAGAAUUUUUGUUCGCUAAAGCGUUUGUCCUUCAGUACCGGUGCUGUUCUCGUGUUUAAUAACCCAUUUUCUAUAUUGUUGAUGAUAACGUUAUGAAUUUUUCCUGUUGUACAACGUUAUUGUACCUGCCGUUUCAAGUCAUAUAUUAUUAAACUUUGCCUUUACGAUACUUCAAAUCGUAAAACAAGGACACUGCCGGAUGACCUGAAUAAUGUAGCAGAAAGAAAUCCUGAGUUUUUUUCAACUUAUGCUUGUGAAGAUAAGUUAGUUGAUUGUUGUCAUGAAAGCACCGGUUUAAUACCACCGAUUUUGCAUCUUGUGCUCAAUCACAUACAACGUUCACUCAUCCAAAACGAUCAAAAUCUCAUUAUUUCCACAGACCAUUCUUGCUCACAGAAAGAUACAACUUAAAAACUCGCAACGCACGUGCGUCGUCUCUCACAGAAGCGUAAAGACUUACCAGCCUUAUCAUCAGUGUGCAAGCUGUAAUGCGCUAUAGCUCUGCAGGCAAACGCAGCGCUAAUUCUGUGGAGUCGUGCUUUCAACGGUGGUCGCUUACAGUAGGUUCAACGUAUAUGAAAAUGUUAUAUCGUGCAUAGCAUGGUUACCUUCGCAUCUUAGUGAGAGACUUACGUGCUUGCGAGAACGCAGCGUACUCUGAACAUUGUAUAUUGUGCCUUAUAAUGGCAGAACAGCUUUACAUUUUCUCGCUGUUUACGCAACUGCGCCUUUUAAAAGUUGCAGUUUUGUAUUGUUGCACGUGUGACACCAAUAAAUGUAUGGGCAUUUUGUAUAA